UUCUUUUACUGGGCAGACUUUCUCGUCAGUACAACCACCACCAUCUAUCUCGCUUUGCAAUGGUUCCUUUACACAGACCAUAGUUUACCCGAAUUAGCCGAUAAACCCGACGAGACCCAACAACACGACGAUACCUUUCGUGCAGAGAGUAUUGUCAGCAUCGUCAUUCUCUGCCUUUUACGUCUCACCCAUUUCUAUUUCGCCUUUGUUCUGACAAACUACUACUUUUCUUUGGGCCAAUCACAUUACUCCAAAGUCACGGCCGCCGUGGAUGAAGAGUUACAUUUCGCUGGUUAUGAUGAAUUGGAUGAGGAUGAUGAUGAUACAAGUCCAUUAGCCGGCAAAAGACAAUAA